GCCACCCGCCCAGCCUGGUCGGCCCCCCCGCGUUUGCUCUGCAGGCAGAUGUCCGUCUGCGUGGCUGUGGCCGUCCGUCCGCCCCGCCCAGAUGCCUGUGUCCGCGAAGACAGGAUGCGCGCAGCCCUGCAGGCUCACCCGGGCGCCGCGUUUGGUUGGGGGGGCCGCCGAGGAGGAGGGGUCGCCGGCUCCUGGGUAAGCCUCUAGGACGUCCGCCCGACCAGAACCGCCCCCGCCCCGCCCCGCGGCCAUCCCGGCGGCUGCUGCUGCAGACUGGCGCCUCCGCAUCCGAGCUCCGGGCCGGCAGUCCGACCCGGGUCUAUGCAAAUCAGGGAUCGCAACGCCACCAAUCAGAGCGGGGCCCGGCGCUGCUCCUGCCAAUGGCGGGGCCGGGGGGCGGGGCCCACGCGGCCCCGGCUCCCCGGUUCCUCUUCCGGGGCCGCGGAGGGUGGGCUGGAGCCGGACCCGUGGAGGGGCGGCGCUUUCCUGCAGCUUCCGUCUCCUCUGUGCUCUUCUGCUUGGAGUAAGAGAUUUUACAAAUACAGAGAAUAUACAGGAAUGUCGACUGUAAGACUUUUUUGUCGUAUUUACUUCGUUUAGUAGAGCAGCAAAAGGGAAAUUCCCUUGGUUUUCCACACUCAUUCCCAGAGUCUGUGUGCUUUUCAUUCUGGUUUUUAUACCUCGACAUAAAUGUGAUGUCUAAAGGCGCAUUCUCAUGUCAGAACAUGGUUUUGUGAUUUUCAGGUUUACGUUAACGGCGUCAUGGGCAUUUCCUUCUGCAGUUCUCCCCCUGUCUGAAGCCUCAGCGUUUCUAGGCAUUGCCAGGUCGCGCCCCGGAUUUUCACUGGACUGCCGUUUUCUCCCCUCUGCCAAUCCUUACUCCUGCUUGUAAGAAUCAAGUCUCAGAAGGGCAGCCUGCUCCUGCCCGUCUCCGGUGGCCACGGAGACCAGGCCCCAGCCAUUCUCCCGGCAGGAGGGACAGUCCCUGCACGGGGCUCUCUGAGCCCUCCCGUGCUGUGUGGGCACACGGCUUGGCUCCAAGCCUCAGAGGGAGCAGAGGGUCCCCUAGACUCCAGAUUCUGUUGCAGUGGACAGAUGUCUCCCCAACUCCUGUCUGCAGCCCACCUGGCUCCAUCGCUUCCUGUAAGGCUGUGUACCUGAAAAGCCCUGUGCAUCCAAGGAGAACAGACCCAGGCAAGGGAGGGACUCGGCCCACAGGGGUUAGGUCGGAGGGGGCUCCUGGCUUGGGUCUCAGCUUGCAGGGUGGGGGCAGGACCCUGCUUUCUACCGGGAAAGCCCAGAGGGUAGGCUGGUGAUGGGAAUCAGAGGGUGAUGGCUGACCUCAGCCAGAAGGAGGGUAGAGCCUCAGUCCUUGCGGAAGGAGGUCUGGCUUGGGCUGCAUGGGUGGUCCCCAGUACAUACAAAGCUGCCCUGAAACGUGGUUUGUCCGUCUCUGAAUCAGGACAGUGGGUGCUCACGGUUGAGCUCCCAGGAGCCCACAGCAACAGGUGCUGGUUGUUGGGGAGCCGACACCUACCGCUGUCAAGGUGUUGCUCCUGUGGAGAAGGAUCCCGAGGCUCCAGGGAAGAGACAUGCUGCAGACUUCAUGGGCACCACGCCCAGUGGAGGUUCGGGGAGUGGGGGCUGGGACAGGGCCCCACUGCCCCACUUUUCACCCCCGAUGGAGGCAGCCAGGAGAAAGAGAACACUUGGGAGAGGCAAGAGGAGUUGGGUGAGAACAGGGAAGCAAUACCCGGAGGUGCACAGUGCAGGGCUCUGGGGGGAGGUGGUCACCUGGGGUGCAGGCGCUCAGCAGCGGCAGGCUGAGCUCGUCACCACCGCGGCGCUUUCCUCUGGCUCCUGCUCCAUCAGGACACCACCAUCCAAAGCCAUUUGUUUCGUGAAACAGCCAGAACCACCCAACCCUCAAAGAAGAUCAAACUGAGUGAUCACACAGGUGGGGACCACAGGCCACACCACAUCACACGUGAUUUUGUUUGGCCUAGGAAUUUAUUGUUUGCUAUGGAUUUUGUUUGUUACAGAAUUUGUUUUGGUAAAAUCCACACAACGUAAGGUUACCAUCGCACCCGCUCUUCAGCGCACAGUCCUCUGCCAUGAACAACGCUCACGCUGUUGUGCAGCCAUCCCCAGAAGUCUUUCCACCUUGCAAACCUGAGAUUCUGGCCCCGUCCCUGUCCCAGCCUCUGACGCCCACCAUCCUACUUCCUGUCUUUGUGAACUUGACUCCUGCAGGCCCUCAUGUGAGGACACUGAGGCUUGGAGAGAGCAGUCUUGCCACAGACAUCGGACGGUGGUGGAGCCAGGUCGAGCCCUGCCCUGCCACUGCGGGCCCCCACUCCCAGCCCCUCCCAGCCCCUCUCCUGCCCGGCAGAUGCAGGCCUGGGCCGUGGCCAGGCCGCUGGUCGCUUGCCUCCUUGGUGCAGUGCGGUCACCUCCUCCAGGAAGCCCUCCUCCAGGGCCUCGCGGUGUCACGUGCCUUCAAUGUUUAUCUGGAAUUGGGGGCCCUUGAGGCCAAGUCCAAGAGACGCAAGCACGGGCUCCGCGGCCGUGGCCCACGAGCUUCGUUCCUCCACGGCACCCGGGAUCUUCCUGGACCAGCGAUAGAACCUGCGUCUCCUGCAUUGGCAGGUGGAUUCCUAACCACCGGACAACCAGGGAAGUCCUGGCUCGGAGCCUCAACAACACGUCUGCCCAAGCUGUCCUCCAGGAACUCGGCUUCCGCUGCACCUGGUGUGAGCUGAGCCGUGGGACCACGGCCCCUCCAGCUGGGCCGGCACAGGUGUCCACAAGGUGACCUCUUGAAGCCGCAGACGCCGGGGCCUGGUUCCACCUGCGCAGACCCGCGACAGGACGGGAUGCGCCCACCUUUCCCCGCCACCUCGCCCUGCUUCUUACUCCUGAUCCCUUCAUGCCCCAGCCCCUUGCCGGCCGGGAGGUUCGUUCUCCUGCCUCCUUGCUUGGCUGGCUUGUGAAUAAACCCCCAAACCUCGGCGUCUCAGGCGUCUCAGUGGAGUGUGGCUCGCUCCGCGUCAGGUAAACCAGCUUGGUUCAGCGGCGUCAGCAGCUUUGCAAGAUGCAGUCAAUUGGGCGUGAUGGACCCCAGUCACCAUCAUGAGCGUUGCAGUCCCAGGACCUGGAAGCCUGUGCCUUUCGACCCUUCACCCAUGUCACCCCCCCGCCCCCAAUCCUCCACCUGUGGCAACAUCCAGUCUGUUCUGUGAGUUUGGCUUAUUUUUAAAAUUUUAUUUAUGUAAUUCAUUACAUUUUUCACUGCCCCAGUGGGCAGGCAGGAUCUUAGCUGCCCAACCGGGGAUGGAAUCUUGGUUCCCCAACCAGGUGGCCCUGUGGUAGAAACGCGCGAGUCCUAAUCACUGGGCCUCCAGGGAAGUCCUCUGCAGAAACCUCAUAGUUGAAUUUUUUGGAAUGCUUUUUCUGCGUCAUUUGAGAUGAUCACAUUGGGUUUUCAUCUUCACCCUAUAAAUGUCAUGUAUUGCAUUCUAGGAAUAAAUUCCACUUGGCCACAGCGUAUAGGCCUUUCAGUAUGCUCUAGCAGUUUCCUUUUUCCGGGAAAACAGGCAGAGAAGGGAUCCCCUCAUAGGACUCAGGUGAUGCCCAGGGUAACCUGAGCGGAUGUCAGAGCUGGAGGGUCCUCUCAUCCCAAAAGGGACCUGGAGUGGGGGGUGAAGCCAGCUCCGCGCUCCUCCACAGCCCCGGGACAAGAUGACCCCCAGACAGCCCUUCCGGGGUGGAGGCGUGACUGGGGAGAGAGGGAGGGCGCGUUUCUGGGCUGACAGCCGUGCUGGCUUCCCGUGCAGACCCCACCUCGGUCGGUGGGCCUUUGCUCCCCUAAAGCUGGGGCUGUAUUACACCCCUCAGCCCUCCUCCUCCCUGGAUUCACCGUUAACCCAUGGACUAGACAGGACCCUGAGUGGGGGACGGCAUUCCAGCGCUGGCUCCUUCCCAUGGAGCUCCAGCAAAGUGACGCAUUCCCGGCAACAGGGACUGAGGAAGGAGGGCAGUGGGCCGGGCUGACGCUCGCGUCUCUUCCGGAUGCGGGGAAACCCAGUGGUCGGAGGGAAGCCAGGCAGGGCAGCCACAUCAGCUCCAGGCAGCACCGGCUUCCAGCCACACGCUUCUCGGCCCGCGUGAGCAGGCGCACGCGGGGAGAAGGCAGGCACAUGCGCUGGGGCCGCAAGUAGGAGCCGCUGGAGAAUUGGACUUUGCACAUUUGAAAAUUCUGGUGGGAUGCAUGUAGGGGCAGUGGACCCAAGAAAUACAAGUAGGGGUAGCAGCUAGGGGUGGUGGUCAGGAGAGCUAGUGCGUCGUUGAGAUCCUCAGUUUCUUAAAAAUUGUUUAAGUUCGUCCUGAGUUUUCGUUGUGCUGGGUCUUUGCUGCCGUGCAGGCUUCUCUCUACUUGGGGUGAGUCGAGGCUUCUCAUUGCGGGGGCUUCUCUUGUGGCGGAGCAGACGCUGUAGGCACCCGGGCUUCAGGGAUUGUGGCGCGUAAGCCGGUUACUCCGCAGCGUGUGGGAUCUUCGUUCCUGGACCAGGGAUAGAAACCGUGUCCCCGCGUCGGCGGGUGGACGCUCAACCACCCGAGCGCCAGGGAAGCCCCGUCACACCUUCUUUAUCCGUCUGCCGGUGGUCGUUCAGGUCGUGUCCUUCCCUCGGCCGCUGCACUGAACGCAGGGGUGCGUCUUUCUGAAUCACACUUCUGUUUGGACACAUGUGCCCAGGAGCGGGCUUGCUGGGUCGUGCAUUAACAGUAGCUGUGUUUUUAGUUUCCUCAGCAGCUCCCAUACUGCUUCCACGGCGGCUGACCAACUUACAUUCAAGUCUUGAAUCCGUUUUGCGUAUAUGUUUGUAUGUGUCAUUAGAGAAGCUUCCGAUUUCUUUUUUUACAUACAGCUGUCCAGUUUUGCCAGUGGCGUUUCUUGCAGAGGCCGCUUUCCCCCACUGUGUGGCCCUGCCUCCCUUGGUCUAGCGUGGGUGACCACAGGGGUGGGCACCCUGCCGUUUUCUGCCAGUACCGUCGCUGUGUUGAUGACCGCAGCGUUGCGCUGGGUUGGCCAAAAUAUUGGUCCGUUUCUUUCUGUAAGAUAGCUCUGGCAGCACUCAAUUCUCUUCCACUUCAUUUGAAACGAUUUUGUUCCGUUGUAUGGUGACAGCUGUUCUAUCAGGAUGCGUUUUUGAAAAUUCAAAAUUGGUGAAUUUUUGUGCAGCCAUUUUAGUACUGAAGAUGGGAGGGGAAAUAAGCAACAUUCUCAGCGCGGUGAAAGUGAAAGUGAAGUGAAAGUGAAGUGAAAACACAGCUGACGCGCAGAGAGAGCUCUGUGCAGUGUACGGACCAAGUGCGGCGACGGACGGCCUGUCAGCGGCGGUUUGUGACGCUUCCUGCUGGAGACUCUCGCUGCACGAUGCUCCAGGGUUGGAUAGAUCAGUUGAAGUUGAUAGCAAUCAAAUCGAGACGCUGAGAACUAUCAGUGUUUAUACCAUGUGGGAGAUAGCAGAUAUACUCAAAGUAUCCUAAUCAAGUGUCCUGAAUAUUCAUUGGAAGGACUGAUGCUGACGUUGAAACUCCAAUACUUUGGCCACCUGAUGCGAAGAGCUGACUCAUAGGAAAAGACCCUGAUGCUGGGAAAGAUUGAGGGCAGGAGGAG